GAUCGCUUUGCGUUGCUGCGUCCGCCGCCGCCAUCAGAUGAUGAGCAGCUGGAAGGUGCAGAGAGUGCCGACGAUGAGCAGGUGCCAGAGCUAGUGCCAUGUGAGUCACAGCCAAGCAAUUUGGAUAUGACGAAAUGGCAUGGCAUGGGCGUGCCAGAGCCAAUUAUGCGAGCUUUGGCGGAGCUGGGCUACGAGGCGCCCACCCAGAUACAGGCUAUGACUCUGCCGGCAGCUAUACACGGCAAGAAGGAUAUACUGGGUGCAGCGGAAACCGGAAGUGGCAAAACUCUCGCCUUUGGUAUACCCAUACUCUCAGGCAUAAUGGAACUGAAGCAGCGCAACGAUGACUCUGGCAUACGCAAGGCGCCAAAGGUGAAAGGCGCUCAAGGACCAGUAGAAGAGGCGCCGCCAACAAAAGAUAACCAUGAGCUGACACCGCCACCGGAGGAGCUGGACUAUGUGUCCGGCGCCAGUGAUGAGGAGAGCGACAACGAGCACGACCCAGAGGCAAAGCAACGGCCACUCUACGCCGUGGUGCUAACGCCCACCCGUGAAUUGGCUGUGCAGGUGAAAAAUCAUCUGGUCAGCGCCGCCAAAUAUACGGGCAUCAAUGUCGCCGCCAUCUUUGGCGGCUUGUCCGUGGCCAAGCAGGAGCGUGUGCUGCGUCAAUGCCCGGAAAUUGUGGUGGCCACACCGGGACGACUCUGGGAAUUAUAUGCGCAGGGCAAUAGUCAUCUGAGCAAGAUUGAAAAUGUGAGUUUUCUGUGCAUUGAUGAAACCGAUCGCAUGGUGGAGAAGGGACACUUCGAGGAGCUCCGCAGCCUGCUCAAGGUGCUCAAUGCGGAUGAGGAACGCAAGAAGCUGCGACAAAACUUUGUCUUCUCGGCCACCUUGACGCUGGUCCAUGAUCUGCCCGAGCAUAUGCAAAAACGUAAUCUGGCCAAGCGACCCAAGUUCGUCAAGCAAACGGUGGAUCAAAAGAUCGAGAGCCUCAUAGAAGAGCUGGGCAUAUCGCAGCCCAAGAUUGUGGACAUUACCAGCAGCCAGCAAACUGCUCAGACGCUCACCGAGAGUCGUCUGCUGUGCGCCAUCGAUGAGAAGGAUUACUAUUUGUACUACUUUGUUCAACGUCAUCCAGGUCGCACGAUUGUCUUCUGCAACUCCAUCGAUUGUGUCAAGCGGCUGGCCACGUUGUUCGGCCUGCUGGACUGCAAUCCUUUGCCACUGCACGCGAAUAUGAUUCAGAAGCAACGUCUGAAGAAUUUGGAACGCUUUCGGGACAACCCGAUUGGCUUGCUGAUAGCCACCGAUGUGGCCGCCCGUGGCUUAGAUAUACCCAAUGUUGAGCAUGUGAUACACUACCAAGUGCCGCGCACCAGCGAGAACUAUGUACAUCGCUCGGGUCGCACAGCGCGCGCCAACAAACAUGGCAUAACAGUAAUGUUCAUGGAACCGGGCGAGGUGAAGGCCUAUGUGAGGCUACACAAGACGCUGGAGAGGACUGAGGAUUUACCACUAUUUCCCAUCUCUGAACGUUUCCUGGGUGCGGUCAAGGAGCGAGUUAAUCUAGCCCGUGAACUGGACAAGGAGGAACUGAAGUUGCGUCGCACCCAAAGCGAGGAGGGUUGGAUGAAGAAGCAUGCCGAGGAAAUGGAUAUGAUUAUCGAUGGCUACAACGAUGAGUCUGGUAGCGACCAGGACGAGGAUGCAUUCAUCAUUGAAAGGAGACGCAAUCGCUUGCAUGUCGAUACGGUGCGCGCACAGCUAAGCGCCCUACUCUCACGCCCCAUUUUCCCCAAGGGAUUCAGCUUUAAGUAUCCCACCAGCACGGGCCAGCUGGUCGAGGGCACGGACAUUGCCAGCAGCGAUUCCCGCAGCGCUGUGGAAACCAUGAAGGCAGCCAUCGAGGACAUGAAACUGGCCAAGCAGCAGCGCAACAAACGCAAACGCAAAGUGUAAAUAAUUAUAUGCUAGUUUACUGUACAA